UCCAUCUGUGAUUUCUCUGGUGAGCGGUUUAGACCAAGGAGCAUAGCCGCGAGGUACCGUUUUUGUUCCUUCGACCUUGUCUGACUGAUCGUUCGGCAAGAUGCCCGUGAGGGUGGUGGAGAGCUCGGCACCUUCGCAAGUUUCAGGUGCAAACCAGGGACAUGCUCUACCUCCUGCUUUUACACUCCUGAGUGUAGGACAGGCUUUUGCUGGAACUCAAAAUGUUUCAAGCAUACAAAAGGAUGAAGCGUGGAGGGUUAAUGUGCGGAUACAAGGUUGUGACCUUGAUCAUGGUUAUCUAUGUGGCACAAUGGAAGCCCUUAAUGUUCCUUCGGCUGACACACCUGUGGUGACAUUCUGGGAGGGGGAAAUCGUUGAUACAAAGAACUAUACUUUCUUCACUGGCAAGUGGGAAGCAACGCCAGAAGAUGACGUGAGGCACUGGUCCAAAUUUCCAUCUUUCUCUCCACUCUCAAGUCAAGUGGAGGUUGAUGGUGGUAAAUCUUUGGACCUGAGUAACUACCCUUAUGUAUUUAUGAGGUGGAAAGAGCAGUACUUUGUGAAUGUUGGAAUAGACUGCGGCUUAACCAUUGCUGGUUUUUACUAUGUCUGCUUCUCUUGUAGCGAUGGCUCCAUCAAUGGCUUCUAUUAUGAUCCUAACAGCAGCCCAUUUCAGAAGCUUGAGUUGAAGUCCACAAACGAAGGAAGGUCAGGUUUCAGCUUUUCAUCGUAUCAGUUGCAAUAAAAUUGAAUGCAUACAAUGCCAGUACGGUGCUCUCGUGGUAAUUUUAACCUCCUACAUGUGAAUUUUAUGGCCUUUGCUCCUUAUUUAAGCUUUCAGAGUUCAAAAAUGAAUUUGUGUGUAAUGUAAUAGGUGCAUAGAAGUGAACUAUCAUGUGAUGUACAUUCUAUUGGAACAAAACAAGUUUCAUAUACACAUACAACUUCUUCGUGUUUCUAAUCCUAAUGCCAUGAGGGUACUUUUUCA